GUUUGAGAGCACAUUUAGUAAUGCUGCUUGUCAUCCAUCCGUCUUUGCCGUCAAGUAGAAGUAGACCUAUUUUAUAAGACGUAGAAAGCGCCUACUGCAACCCCUACUGCUCCACACCCAAAACAACCUGCAGGGACAUCAACUUCCGAUCUCAGAAUGGCCCAUCUCGAAGCGCGCAAGCACAUAUCCCCUGAUUCAGGUUUCCCCAUCACCAUCCACCCCAACUUCAACCCCAAAAUCAAGCACCAUGUCCCUCCAGACUCCAUUCGGGAACCCUUCAAUCCAUCAAAAGACCGAGCACUCUUUGCCGACCCUGAAAAGAAAGCUCUAUUUUCUGUGGCCAAGCCUGUAGACCUGACUGAGUCAAUCGGCACCCUUCUUGAGAAUGUGCAACUGUCUCAGCUGAACGAGCAGCAACUGGAUGAACUGGCUCUUUUGGUGACCGAGAGGGGUGUGGUGUUUUUUAGGGAUCAGAACUUGACGACGGAAAAGCAAGUUGAGUUAUUUCAACAUUACGGAGUUCUGGAUAAGCAUCCUGCUCAGAAGUUCGUGAAUAUCCACGGUAGCCGUGAGGAUCAUCGCGAGAUUGCCAAUUACACCCCAUGGGUCUCCCAGUACGGCCUAUACGACGCUCUCAGCGACGCUUACAAGAAGUUCCUCGAUGGCCUCCACGCAGUACACACCUCUAGACUCCAAUAUGACACAAUCCUUGACCUCUGGGGCGUCGGUCCAAACAGACCACCCAUCGACACCCACCAUCCCGCCGUUCGAACACACCCAGUCACCGGACUGAAAGCCCUGAACGUGAACACAGGGUUUGUAACCGGCUUUGCAGAACUCAAGAAACUCGAGUCAGACAAGCUUCUGGAUUUCCUAUCGCAUCAUAUCCAUUCCGCUGAUGAUCACUACGUGCGUUGGAAGUGGGCUGUUGGUAGUGUUGCGAUGUGGGAUAAUCGAUGUACCGUUCACCGAGUGAUCCCCGGAAGGUAUAAAGGGAACAGACGAGGAAUUCGCACAACCGUCUUCGGUGAGAAGCCUUAUUUUGAUCCGGCAAGUGAGAGUCGAGAUGAGCGCAAUUUGCGCGAAGAGAAGAACGCCAAUGGGGACGCUUGACGGCAGUACAACGGAUGAGUUCUUUAAGGGUUUAGAGAUUCUUUGAUAGAAUGCCUCGUAGGACCAAAUCUAUUCAGCGGUACUGAAGAAC